GGAAAAACUAGAAGAAACACAUACCUUUGAAUGUUGGAUGCCGGACUGUGCUAUGCUCCUCUGGUCCAAGCGCUUUCAGACAAUGUUGUUUACAUUUUACAGCACUGCAAUGGACAGCGGCGCGGUAGUAUCAGGUGCACUAUAGCAGUCAUUUCCCCUGAUGACAUCUAAAUCAAAGGCUCAUCUGGCCCCUCUGCCAAGGACAGAGAUCCUUGCAUAUUGGGUGCUGUCCUUAGGCUCUCAUCUCUACUCCUUCUACCAACUGCACAGGUUCUCCAAAGAGCAUGAAGCCGGAUUAGAGAGAGGAUUCCAGUUGGAAAAAGGCUUUGUCAAGGGUUUAAAAAGGGACCUUUCAGACUUUGAGUGGAGUUUCUGGACUGAAUGGGCUAAGAAAUCUUUGCUGUGGUCUCUGAUUGGUCAUGGUGUGAUAUCAAGAUUGACCAGCAUUUUUAAACCCAAGCUUAGGGUGCCAGCACUCACGGUAUAUGGCCUCUUAGCAGCCAGCAGUGUGUUGGGCAUAAAAGGUGUGAGUGUGCUGCUGCUACAUGUGGGCCUGUCCUUUUCAGUGGCCCAAUUACAAAAGCCGGCUCUGUCAUGGUGCUGCAACCUUCUGCUGCUCUCAACACUUCACAUCCAUCCACUUCAAGAGAUCCAGAGAGGCUGGUAUAAGACCGAGGAGGAGUACUAUCUGCUGCUCUUCAGUGUCGCUGUCUGUGGACUUCGCCUCAUCAGCUUCAGCCUGGAGCAUUGCUGGAGCCCUGCAGACUGUGGUGGAGCUGUGCAGCUCUGCUGGUUGUUUUCAUACACCUUCUAUCAUCCUUUUUUCUACAAUGGACCCAUUAUCUCCUACAGAGACUACACUGAGCAGAUGCGGCGGCCUGCUGAGGAGUGUGACAGGGUCGAAUCUGGUGUCAUUUACUUGGUGCUCAGGUCGGGACGGAUCAUCCUGUGGUGGUGCCUCGCAGAAUACAUGAUCCAUGUUAUGUAUAUGCACUCCAUCCAAUCAAAUGAGACAUACUUAGAGAUCCUCCCUCCCUGGGCCUUGGGCGGUCUGGCGCUGGCCCUGGUCCAGUUCUUCUUUGUGAAGUAUCUGGUGCUGUUUGGCUUUCCAUCCAUGCUGGCUUCUAUGGAUCAACUAGUUCCCCCAAAGCUCCCUCGCUGUGUCAGCAUCAUGUACAGUUUCACAGGGAUGUGGAGGCACUUUGACGCCGGUCUGUAUCGAUGGCUCAUCAGAUACAUCUACGUGCCGCUGGGAGGUUCACGCCACGGUCUUCUUUACCAAAUGUUGUCCACUGGCCUUGCGUUCGGGUUCGUUUGCCUGUGGCACGGCGGCCAUGACUACUUGCGGUACUGGGCCCUGAUGAAUUGGACUGGAAUUGUGGUGGAAAACACACUGAAGUCUGUCUUUGCCUCAUCUUACAUUCACUCUAUUGUUAAGCGAAAUUUCUCUCCGGCGAUGGAGAGGCGUUGCAUUGCCCUUUUCUCUGCCUUGUCCACCGCCAUGCUCAUCCUCUCUAAUCUGGUGUUCCUUGGGGGGUUACAUGUUGGCAGGAUCUUCUGGAAGCGUGUCUUCAUUCAAGGCUGGUCCAACAUUGCCCUGCCUAUGCUGGCUUUCCUCUACUGCUUUGCUCAGAUUGGACUCGAGUGGACUUCUCGCCCACCAUGAGUAACCUUGACUUUGUUUCGGAGGCAGAAUCCCCUGAAUGCUACCUGCUGAGUCCGGAGCCUUCUCCUCACCAGACAGAGACUCUGUGGCACACCUGACUCUCAUCCACAGAGCGUCCUAAACCUGGCUGAAGUGCAGCUGAGCAGACACUUUCACAACCUGCAAGGCCGUGCAAAAUCUGCCUGUAAGCUAAGACUUAAAGGAUCACUGUGGAUUCUCUCUAAGGAGUUUCGUGGAAAAUGUAAGUGCACAUAAACUGUAAUUGACCAAAAUUCCGGGCAGUCGUUGAUUUGAGCCCUCCGAGUGUCAAUGCAUGUUUUCUACACAAUAAACUGCACUGAAUCACUGUUAUUCUAAGAAACUGUAAAUAAAAAUAUGGACCCUAAAUCUGUUUGGUUAUAUGACUUUGAUAAAGUAUUGCUCACUGGUGCGGCAAGCCCGAGAAAUGCGAAUUUUUAUUUUACCGUCCUCCUUCAGCUCGCCACUAAAGUGUUUGUUUAUUCACAGGUAGACAAAAGGCACAGAAUGCUGAAUAGAGCAGCAGUGAACCUGAUCAGUGUCAUUAUUCCCCUUACAGAUGCAAUUUAGGUAAAGUAGGAUGACACUAAUAUUUAUCGAUGUAUUUUUUAAACGCUUCAGAGGGAAUACUAACUUUUAGUUCAACAAAUUAACAAUGAUAGAUGACAUCUAUCCACUGGAAUGCAGCACGUUUAUGUCAUUUAUAAGGAAAAAACAACACAAGCUUCUCGUUUUGUGCUACUGUGUUCUUAUAAACGUACCUCUUAGCUCGAAAUUGUGCAGUACCCCAGCAUGUUUAGAUUUAAAGGUUUUUUUUAUGCUUAGUCAUUACAAAUAUCCAUCCAUCUUAUGACGGAUAACCAUCCUGUUUCUGAUGUAAUGGUUCAUUCACAUUUUCAUUUUCCAUCUGUGUUUAGGUCCUGAUACAAACAAGUCUGGAGUGUUUUUGGGUCAUUUUAAAGGGGUUAAUCUACUGCCCAAUAGAUUGAGAAACUGAGGCAUGACAACUAGCUUAAGAAAAGGGUUAAAGCUGGGAUUCAUGGACAGAGUCAUCAGGUAGUGAUUAUGAAUUGAUCUGAUGUGACGUGAUGGGGUUAAUAACUUUGAACUAAAUGAGCUUCAGUUUAGUUUCACCCCAACAGAACAUAAUGAACAACUUUGACGAUGAGUUACACAUCUUAAAAGCUUUCGAUUUAAAUUCAGAUCACCAUAAAUUAUUUACUCUGUAAUCCAGUUGGGGAUGACUGAAUAGUCAACAGUUUUAAAGACAAACUCCAUGUCCGGGGAAGUUACAGAAAGCUGCUUUAAAAGGCUUAUCUGUGUUGUUGUUUUGGGUCUUUUUAGCUUAGAAAGUGUGAUGUGGCAAAAACAAUCUGAUUCUCGUACUAUUCACAGUGCACAGUUAGGAGAGCAAACAUCUUCAGGGCAAGGCAUCCAAGGAGAUACAUUUCAGGUUGAGUGUUUUUCAAAUCAUUACUG